AUGCAAUUGCGACUGAUUUCUUGGUUUUUUAUCACUUUGAACUUGAUGGAAUACAUUGGAACCCAGCACGCCUCCAGGGUACGGCGACAGGGAAGAAUGCAUCCCAAUGUGAGCCAGGGUUGCCAAGGAGGGUGUGCCACAUGUUCCGACUACAAUGGAUGCUUGUCAUGCAAACCCAGACUCUUUUUUGUUCUGGAGAGGAUUGGCAUGAAACAGAUCGGAGUAUGUCUUUCUUCAUGUCCAAGUGGAUACUUUGGAACGCGGUAUCCAGAAAUAAAUAAGUGUACAAAAUGUAAAGCUGACUGUGAUACCUGCUUCACCAAAAAUUUCUGCACAAAGUGUAAAAGUGGGUUUUACUUACACAAUGGAAAGUGCCUUGAAAACUGCCCUGAGGGGCUGGAACCCAACAAUCACACGAUGGAAUGCACCAGUAUUGUGCAUUGUGAAGCUAGUGAGUGGAGUCCAUGGAGCUCCUGCACAAAGAAAGGAAAAACAUGUGGCUUCAAGAGAGGAAAUGAAACAAGGGUCAGAGAAAUUGUACAGCAUCCUUCAGCACAGGGCAAUCCGUGCCCAGCUACAAGUGAAAACAGAAAAUGUAUUGUACAAAGAAAGAGAUGUCAGAAGGAAGGAAAAGGGAAAAAAAAUAGAGAUGAGAAAGGGAAAAGGCCAAACAAAGAAGAAAGUAGGGAGACAAGGCAGGAAAACAAAGGCCGAGAAUCCCGAAGACAAAACCGAGAACAGCGGGAAAACAAAAACAAAAUGCAGCCGAAGAAAAGAAAAGCCCAAGAUAAACAACAGAACCCACUACCCAUCAGCACUGUACACUAA